UGCGCGCCUUACAGCUAGAGGCGAGGCUGGCCCUUGCGGGAAUCCGGCUCCUGCUGCUGCUGCUGCCGGCUAGGCAACGUCUCCGCUCAAAUAAUGAAGUGAAGGGAAGCAACAAGUGGGAAGUGGGGCUCGGCCGGCCUGCCUAGACAGCGUCUCCCGCCAGAGGAGCAAAGCCAACGUCUGACACCUUGCUUGCCGGAGAGCUGGAGGCAGAACCUGUCAGCAUUGUGAGAGCAGCAGCAGAGCCCCAUUUGAACCCACCUCUGCAUUUUCUUGUCCCCACUGUGAUGGAUAAGGGCCCUCAGUUGCAACUGCGUGUCUUUGACCUCAAUUGCUGGGCCAUUCGCUACCUGAGCAAACUACGGCAGCAGCGCAUUGAAUUGAUCGGCAAUGUCCUCAACCAGGAGGGAUAUGACUUGGCGCUCUUGCAGGAGGUGUGGAGCGAGAAAGAUUAUUGGGAGCUGAAAAAGAAGCUGUUUGCCCGCUACCCUUCUUCCCACUAUUUUAAAAGUGGAGUGAUUGGCAGUGGGCUCUGCAUCUUCUCCAGAUACCAAAUCCUGGACACCUUCCUGUACCAAUACUCUGUGAAUGGCUACCCCUACAUGUUCCAGCAUGGAGACUGGUUUGGUGGCAAAUCGGUGGGGCUUGUGAUCCUGAAGAUACAGGAGAUUGUUUUCAACAUCUAUGUGACUCAUCUCCAUGCGGAGUACUGUCGGGAGAAGGAUGCUUACCUGCCCCACCGAGUAGUUCAGGCCUGGGAACUUGCCCAGUUUAUACAGCAUACUUCAAAAGGAGCCGAUGUAGUGCUGCUUGGUGCGGAUCUGAACAUGCACCCAGAAGACGUGGGCAUCAGGCUGUUGCGAGGUUGGGUAGGCCUUCAGGACUCCUUCAUUGCCGCAGAGAAGGUUGAGGGUAGUGAGGAUGGCUCUACACUCUUGCCCACCAACUGCUUCACAAGCAAGAAAGAACUGCGGUGCUAUCCCCAUGGGAUUCGUAUUGACUACAUUUUGUAUAAGGGUUUGUCUCACUAUGAAGUAAAAUGCAACCGCCAUGAGACAACCACUGGAACAGCUCCCAACAAGGACAUUCCUUAUUCUGACCAUGAAGCUGUCAUAGCCACACUAUCUGUGUACAAGAGAGGGUUGGGGAAAGACCUAAACCAUCCUAGAGUUGAACCGGUGCUGGUGGACGUCUUGAACGAAGCCCGUAUGGAGGUACGGGUAGGGCUGCACUCGGCCGAGCGGCAGCAGUACUCCUGUGGCCGCAUGGCUAUCCUGGCCAUGCUGCUGCUGCUCAUGCAGGCGACCAUGGGCCUGAGCUCCAUGUUUGGAGAAGCCCUCGUGCAGCCCUUCCCCAAGUUCUCCUUCUCGCUGCUCAGCCUGCUGGGGGUGUUGGUGCUGCUCAUCUCGGCUGCGCUCUACCUCUUCCACACCAUCGAGGUGAAGGUGCUGCAGGGGACAGAGGAGCAGAUGCGGGUGGGGCUGCAGACACUCCAGGACAAGCUGAGCUCUGGGUGAGGCCUAUCGCUUGCCGGAACGCCAACAGGGACCAAGAGACUGUGCUGAAAGCUUUUCCAGGAGCCGUAAGUUCCUCCCUGCCGCCAGGUUCUAAGAGUUAGUCGUUUGUAAGCACGUGGCAGAAAUUGCCGUAGAAGUUUUGUUUGUUUUUUUAGCUUAAUUCUAGGGCAAUAAAACUUUCUACGAAUAGUUCUGACCUUCUGCUUGAAGGGAUUCUAGCACAAGUAUGAUUCGUGCCGAAGGGAAUUUUGAAAGUAAAGCAGUUCAAGUGCAUGUGGUUCAGCUGUGGCUGUUUAGAAACCAGCAUUUAUCAAACCAAACCACGCUGUUCCAACCAAGUCGGGCGGCUGAAUUAGUACUGUAAAAGCCUGGUGUAGAGCAGACGAGUUAAAAUGUGUAUAGCGUUUCUAGUUUAUACAAAGUUCCUUUUUGAAUUGAAAACAGAAUAAAUCAGUCUUCAAAUACAACAGAGCAGAAAGUAGCAUUUGCUGGUUUUUCUUGAAACCCUUUUUAUUAAUUGCUUGCUUAGCACUUGAAUGUACCAAAAUCCUUUCACUGACAUCAUACUUCCUGCAGCUCUUAUGAAGUAGAUCAAUGUUGUUUGCAUUUCUUUGGAGUUUAGCCGGGGGGGGGGGGGGAGUGAUGGUAAAGGGCUUGCCGCAGUCCUUCAUUGUGCCAAGCUGGCAAAAAGUACUUCUCAUGUAGCAGGCAGAAAUGUGUUUGGUGUGUUACUGAAGACGUAGUUGUCAACCACAGUUCCAUUGAGAACAUUGUGAGAGGCAGCAUGCAAAUAGCCCAGAUAGCAGACAGGUCUCUGAAAGCAUGUAGGUAAUCAUGUCCAGCCUAGAACAGCAUCUUUUUUAAGCAUGUGAGUGUUUGUUUAUAAGCUUAACUGGUAGCCUACUCUUCCCCAAAGGGGCUCAGAGCAGCUUUCAUCCAGGUGUCUCCCAUCUGGGCACAUUACCUGCGUAUCUUUCAUUAUGUGUCAUUCUCAUUUAGUGAGAGAAAGGCAGGCAUCACAGUUGUCUUCUCAUAAGUUUAGUAGAGCCCAAGAAAACUUCAGAAGA